AUGACCAAAACGCUCGUUCUUGUUGCUAUCUGUCUAAUGCUUGCUCUCAACAUUGCUGCUGAAACUAAGGUUCACAUAGUGUAUCUCGGUGAAAGGCAACAUGACAAUCCUGAUUCAGUCACUGAGUCUCAUCAUCAGAUGCUUUGGUCAAUCCUCGGAAGCAAAGAAGCUGCACAUGAUUCAAUGGUGUAUAGUUAUCGCCAUGGUUUUUCCGCUUUCGCAGCCAAACUAACCGAUUCUCAAGUGAUUCAACUCUCAGAGUUACCUGAAGUUGUUCAUGUCAUACGUGAUAGAUUCUACGAACUGCAAACAACUAGGACUUGGGAUUACUUGAAACAUACUUCAAGACAUCCAAAGAAUCUUCUAAACCAAACUAACAUGGGAGACAAAGUCAUCAUCGGCGUCGUUGACUCCGGGAUAUGGCCAGAGUCUGAGUCAUUCAGUGACAAUGGUCUUGGACCAAUACCAAAACGUUGGAAAGGAAGUUGUGAGACAAAACAGAGUUUCAACGGCUCAACCGUUUGUAACAGAAAACUAAUUGGCGCCAAAUACUUCAUCAGUGGCUUAAUCAAUGGCGCCGACGAAAGCAACUGGAACACUACUGAGAAUCCAGAAUACAUAUCUCCUAGAGACUUCAAUGGUCACGGGACUCAUGUGGCUGCAACAGCUGCUGGCUCGUUUGUCCCGGACGCGAGCUACUUAGCUCUCGGGAGAGGAAUCGCUAGAGGUGGUGCUCCACGAGCGCGCAUAGCAAUGUACAAGGCUUGUUGGCAUUUAGCCUCUAUAGGAACAGCGACUUGUUCAGCUGCAGAUAUGUUGAAAGCGAUAGACGAAGCGAUUCACGAUGGUGUAGACGUUUUGUCUAUCUCUACAUCGUUCCCAAUUCCUCUGUUUCCGGAAGUGGAUGCUCGGGACGCUAUGGCGGUUGGAGCGUUUCAUGCGGUUGCCAAGGGGAUUCCCGUUGUCUGUUCCGGUGGUAAUGCUGGUCCUGCUUCUCAGACAGUUACCAAUACGGCUCCUUGGAUCAUUACCGUUGCUGCAACCACUCAAGACCGGUCUUUUCCCACAUUAAUCACACUUGGCAACAACAUUACUAUCGUGGGUCAAGCAUUGUAUCAAGGUCCAGACAUGGAUUUCAUCGGUCUUGUUUACCCCGAAGGUCCUGGAGCAAGCAACGAGACGUUCUCCGGAGUCUGUGAAGAUCUUGCCAAGAACCCAGCUCGUAUAAUAAAAGAAAAGAUUGUCUUGUGUUUCACGAAAUCUACGGAUUAUGGUACCGUGAUCCAGGCUGCAUCAGAUGUAUUCAACCUUGAUGGCUACGGCGUUAUAGUUGCGAGGAAUCCAGGCUAUCAGCUUAAUCCAUGUGAUGGUUUCCCCUGUCUCGCUGUAGAUUACGAACUAGGAACUGAUAUACUCUUCUACAUACGUUCCACUAGAUCACCAGUCGCCAAGAUUCAACCUACAAGAACAUUGGUUGGACUCCCCGUUGCUACAAAGGUCGCGACUUUCUCAUCGAGAGGACCUAGUUCGAUCUCUCCCGCAAUUCUCAAGCCUGAUAUAGCAGCACCUGGAGUGAACAUACUCGCAGCUACUUCUCCGAACGAUACAUUCUACGACAGAGGAUUUUCUAUGAAAUCAGGAACAUCAAUGUCGACUCCUGUUGUUGCAGGAAUUGUUGCACUCCUUAAGUCUUUGCACCCUCAUUGGUCUCCUGCAGCCAUUAGAUCAGCUAUUGUUACUACAGCUUGGAGAACAGAUCCAUCAGGUGAACCCAUUUUCGCAGACGGGUCAAACCGCAAAUUAGCUGAUCCAUUUGACUACGGAGGAGGCGUUGUGAACUCAGAGAAAGCCGCAAAACCCGGUCUUGUUUACGAUAUGGGAGUUAAAGAUUAUGUUCUCUACUUGUGCUCCGUUGGUUACUCGGAUUCAUCCAUUACUAGACUCGUCAGCAAGAAGACUGUUUGUGGAAACCCUAAACCUUCUGUUCUUGAUCUGAACUUGCCUUCAAUCACUAUCCCAAACCUUGCAAAAGAAGUUACCAUCACUAGAACCGUUACCAAUGUUGGAACAGUAGGAUCGGUUUAUAAGGCUGUGAUUGAGGCUCCAAUGGGUGUUAACGUGACCGUGACCCCAAGUACAUUAGUGUUCAAUGCUAAGACCAGGAAGCUCUCGUUCAAGAUCCGUGUGUUAACGAACCAUAGAGUGAACACUGGAUACUACUUUGGAAGCUUGACUUGGACUGACUCUGUUCAUAAUGUGGUUAUUCCUUUGUCUGUGAGAACUCAGAUCUUGCAACAUUAUUACGACGAGAACUAAUUAGAUCUUUGUAUUAAUCUUAACAUCUUCCAAUUCUGCAUUCCUUUAUUUGUUUCUAUUUCUUAUUUAGUUUAUCAUUGUGUUCAUGA